CCAGCUCAGUCGUAGGCCUUGGGGGUCGGGCCAGCAACAAGCUAUUAUCACAGACAUGGGCCAAGGAGCCAGAGGCCACCCGGGGUCUGUGAGUUGAGCUUGAGGCUGCAGGACCAGGGUCAUCAUGGGGACAGACAGCCUGGGUUCCCUCUGGGCGGUACUCCUGCUUCCUCUGGUGUUUGGAGUCCCCACAGAGGAGCCCACCUUUCAGGAACCUGUGGCCCCCCAUCUCACCAAAGGCUGUCAACGAUGCUGUGACCCCGAGGAACCACUGUCCUCUGCUGACACUGUCCAUGCCCCUGUUUCCCCCUCCUUCCGCUAUGUCUUGCCCGAGGUCAGGCCCUACAUCAACAUUACCAUCCUGAAGGGUGACAAAGGGGACAGAGGUCCUACAGGAACACCAGGGAAGCCAGGCAAGGAUGGUCCCCGAGGGGACCGCGGCUCUCAGGGCGUCAAAGGUGACAAGGGGCAGGCAGGCAGCCCUGGUAGCCCCUGCCAGAUGCACUACUCGGCCUUCUCUGUGGGUCGCAAGACAGCCUUACACAGCAAUGAGGACUUCCUCCCUCUGCGGUUCGACAGGGUCUUCGUGAACACAGACGGCCACUUCGACAUGACCACCGGCCGCUUCGCGGCCCCCCUGCGCGGCCUCUACUUCUUCAGCCUCAACGUGCACAGCUGGAACUACAAGGAGACCUACGUGCACAUCGUCCACAACGAGCAGGCGGCCGUGAUCCUCUACGCGCAGCCCAGCGAGCGCAGCAUCAUGCAGAGCCAGAGUGUGAUGUUGCCGCUGGAGCCUGGCGACCACGUGUGGGUGCGGCUCUUCAAGAGGGAGCGGGAGAACGCCAUCUACAGCGAUGAUGUGGACACCUACAUCACCUUCAGCGGCCACCUGAUCAAGGCAGAGGACUGAGCUUCCCUGGCUGGUUUCGCAGCUGGGCAGCUUGGGGGAGGGCUGGUGGCUAGGGCAGGUCUUGUAGGUAGGUUCCCCAGGACUGGAUCUGCCGCUCUUCAUUGCUUAGGAUUGUCACUUGCAGUCUGUCUCCAUCCCCUCCCCGCUUGGCUUCAUUUUCAGAGACUUUUGGGCUUACGUAUUCCAGAACGUCCUCAGCCUCUAGAGAGGCUUUCCUCACACAUCACUGUGCUGUUCACGCCUGGGGGACUUUGUUGUAUGGUAGAUUCUGGCUUGGCAUUUGGGGGUGUGCCCAGGAUUCUGCAUUUCUAGCAAUUUCCUCAGAAAUGCUGAUGCUAUUGGUCUAUAGACCACACUUGAGGAGUUGGGCUCUCUAUAGAAUGUUCCCAGAAUUCUAGGGGUUUCCCAAACACUCUGGAAUUCCCCCCCAAACUCCAGUAUUCUUCCUGUAUCCUCAGGUUUUCUCCUCACCCUGGGCCUACCCCCAUACUGCUCUUUCCGCCCCUCCCCCACCCGCUUUUCUAGCCACUGCUCACUUAUGCAUUCAACAAAUGCUGAACGCUCACUUGGUCCCAGGGCUGAGGAAAACCUAGACUAAUCAGACCUAGGUCCUGUCUCUCCCCUGGUGAAUGCCCAGUAGCCUGGACAGGGGUUGGGGUAUGCCCAAGUGGGUCCAAAGACUUGAGCGCACGUACUGGGUGCUCCUCUAGACUGGGUGCUCCUCUAGACUAGGUGCUUAGGCACUGUGGGCCAUUCUUCACUGCUCCGUGGUGGCACAGGGUGCUGGAGGUGGGCGUGAUGUUCCUUUCCCAUUCUCUACCUUCUUGCCUGGUGCCCAGCAUUAAAGCAAACCGUAGGUAUAGCCUUGGCUGGGAAGAGACCCAGGGAUUGGGAGGCAUCUGGGAUAAAAGGGCUCCUGGGAGUGAACUGGAGCCCAUUCUCCCUGACCUUUGAAGACUCCUCCUACCUUCUUUUUCUCAUUCCCCAGGACAUUAGCCAAGGUCAGACCACGCACUAGGUGCUCUCUGACCCUCCUGGACCCUCAAAAGCCCAGUGUCACACAGGGCUUACGAAGGUGCUAAGGACACCCGGGAGGUGGCUCCCAUUUCACGGCUUCACCUGCCUGGAUUACCCUUGCAGACGUCAUGGGGAGCCAGGGGGGACAGAGGUGGCAGGUUUCAGCCCAAAGCAGGUCUAGGGACUGAAGCCGGUGACAUUCAGGUUAUCUGGGGGCCCUUUCUGAGCCACGCUGCCAAGACAGGCCCUGGGGAAGUCAUGGAGAAGCAGGGACACAGAGAGCCCCAUGCCUUUCCCAGCGUGCACGGCCCGGUGGCCCUUCAACCUUCCCCUCUUCCACUGCAAGGCUACCCAAGCUUCUCAGGGGAAGGCGGCCUCCGUCCAUUGGUGCUUCUGCAGACCCAGGGCAGGGCUGGCCCUGGGCGGGCAUCUCUGGUGCUUACAGCCAAGGGAGCCAUGGCAGGGUGACAGAGGCAAGGCCUGCCACGUGCUGUGAAGGCUGAUUCCACAAAACCACCCUCAGCCCGACUGUCCUUGCCGGCUUGGCCAGUGUGAAUAAAAAUACUGGAUUCUCUUGGCAA